CCUCUCUACCCCUACCUGGUGGAACACUUCAAAACACCCACCUAGCAAAUCACCACCGUCAGGACCUGAGAUCCAUUCGUUGUGCUAGUAUUAUAUACUAUCCAUCUCUUAGGUUAGGUUCGUGCUCAACAGCGGCACAGUGACGCAACAUCGAGACCACACACCAUCUCGAUUUAAUCCCGUCCCUCUCGCUUCUACCGAUCCCUCCCAGCCACGCUUCGCUACUCCCGAGAAAACUUCUCUGUCGGUUUCGCGGGCUAUCGCUACAGCUUCUUUCUCCCUCUGCAUACAUCUUUUCUCUGCCGCUUUGCUCUCCAGUUUCUGCAGACCUUGCGCCGCAUCUUACUCGUCUUCUACGCGACUGCCCCCUUGUCGACGCUCGUCAGAUCAUCUCGCCUAACAAAAUCCCCCUCCAUAACCCACUCCCUCCUCAUCGUCUUGCGACAUUAACGUCAAGAUGAGUUCCGGAGGCGAGCAAACUCGCGACAUCAAGAACCACCUUCUCUUUGAGAUUGCUACUGAAGUAGCUCAUCGAGUCGGUGGUAUCUACUCUGUUAUCAAGUCCAAAGCUCCUGUGACAACAGCUGAAUAUGGCGACCGCUAUACGCUCAUUGGUCCUCUCAACCACCAAUCGGCCGCUGUCGAAGUGGAAGAGAUGGAGCCCACCAACCCAGAGAUUGCUGCUACCAUACAGUCCAUGAGAGACAGAGGAGUCCACAUUGUCUAUGGACGCUGGUUGAUCGAGGGAGCUCCCAGAGUUAUUCUCAUCGACACCAAGACUGCCUAUGGCCGUAUGGAUGAGUGGAAGGCCGAUUUGUGGGAAGCCGCGAGCAUCCCCUCACCACCCGGUGAUGAUGAGACCAAUGAAGCCAUCGUUUUCGGUUAUCUGGUUGCAUGGUUCCUGGGCGAGUUCGUCUGCCACGAGAAGAAGAAGGCUGUUAUUGCUCACUUCCACGAGUGGCUUGCUGGCGUUGCCCUGCCCCUCUGCAAGAGGCGCCGCAUCGAUGUUACGACGAUCUUUACCACACACGCUACUCUUCUCGGCCGAUACCUUUGCGCCGGCUCCGUGGACUUUUACAACAACUUGCAGUGGUUCGAUGUCGACGCUGAAGCUGGCAAGCGUGGUAUAUACCACAGAUACUGUAUUGAGCGAGCCGCCGCACAUGCUUGCGAUGUUUUCACCACUGUUUCUCAUAUCACAGCUUUUGAGUCUGAGCAUCUGUUGAAGCGAAAGCCCGAUGGCGUUCUGCCGAAUGGUCUCAACGUCACAAAGUUCUCUGCUGUUCACGAGUUCCAGAACCUGCACCAGCAGGCAAAGGAGAAGAUCCACGACUUUGUCCGCGGACAUUUCUAUGGCCACUACGACUUCGAUGUUGAUAACACACUCUAUCUUUUCACUGCUGGUCGUUACGAGUUCAGGAAUAAGGGUGUUGACAUGUUUAUUGAGUCUCUGGCACGACUGAACCACCGUCUCAAGGCCUCUGGAAGCAAGAUCACUGUUGUGGCCUUCAUCAUCAUGCCUGCUCAGACCACCUCACUCACUGUCGAGGCGCUCAAGGGCCAGGCAGUUAUCAAGUCCCUGCGCGACACCACACACGUUAUCGAGCAGAGCAUUGGACGUCGCCUCUUUGAGCGCUCCCUCAAGUGGCACGAGGGUGAACCUCUGCCCGAUGAGAAGGAGCUUAUCUCUGCCCAGGACAGAGUUCUGCUUCGUCGUCGCCUCUUUGCCAUGAAGCGCCACGGACUUCCCCCAAUUGUCACCCAUAACAUGCUCAACGAUCAUGAGGAUCCCGUUCUCAACCAGAUCCGCCGUGUGCAGCUUUUCAACCACCCUACCGAUCGCGUCAAGGUUAUCUUCCACCCUGAGUUCCUCAACUCUGCCAACCCCGUCCUUCCUCUCGACUACGACGACUUUGUUCGAGGUUGCCAUUUGGGUGUCUUCUCUUCCUACUAUGAGCCUUGGGGUUACACUCCCGCCGAAUGUACCGUCAUGGGUGUGCCCAGCAUUACCACCAACCUUUCUGGUUUCGGAUGCUACAUGGAGGAGCUUAUUGAGAACUCGAGCGACUAUGGUAUCUACAUUGUUGAUCGACGAACCAAGGGUGUUGACGAUUCCGUCAACCAGCUCACUUCAUUCAUGUUUGACUUCUGUGGAAAGAGCCGACGUCAACGCAUCAACCAGCGAAACCGAACCGAGCGUCUUAGUGAUCUUCUCGACUGGAAGCGAAUGGGUAUGGAGUAUGUCAAGGCUCGCCAACUGGCUCUUCGCCGUGCCUAUCCGAACUCUUUCGUCGGCGACGAGGAGGAGGAGGACUUCAUCCCUGGUGUUGAGCAGAAGAUUUCUCGACCCUUCUCUGUUCCCGGCUCGCCACGGGAUCGCACUGGCAUGAUGACUCCUGGAGACUUUGCCAGUCUGCAAGAAGGUCGCGAGGGCCUGAACACCGAGGACUAUGUUGCCUGGAAGCUUCCUGAAGAAGAGGACCCCGAAGAGUACCCCUUCCCUCUGACACUUCGAAAGCAGCCCGCGCCACCUAGCCCCUCAGAGACCGUACCGGUGAACGGAACCCAGUAGGAUCGAUUCUACAGACUCAUCCGUACAAGUCGUUGAGAGGAGGUCGAAAGAGAAGGAACUGUAUUCAAUACGUGUCAUCAUUUUGUUAUAAUUAUUGUUAGGUAUAUGGGAACGAGAGAUGAAGGGACUUGAGAGUCCUGGGUUGGAGAAGCUUGCAUGUCAUUACUAGUGUUGAAGCACAUCCGCAUUGUCGCAAUUUGCAUUUUGCGCUUUCCUGUUGAUUAAUAAAACCCGCCAUAGGAAACCCAUGAUCAUGGAGACAUUUGCCAUGUUGCUUUUGUGUUUGAAGUUGA